AUGUCCAAUGGAUAUUUUGUAGUUUACGGUGAAGCUGGAGCCGUGACCACCUUAUUGAAGCUGAGCCAUCGUGAUGCCUCGGCCAGUGUUUCUGAUGAUAUUCUACGGCUUCUGAAGAGCUUCGCCGAUCUUCGGGAUGUCUUGACCACGGUAGGACUAUAUUCUUUAUGUUUUUAUGGUUUUAGAGGAUAAUUGUAAAUGUUUCACGUAAAUAAAUACUAUUUAUGUUAUUUUAGGUAUAUGAUUUGGCGGCAAUGAAGCCGAAUGCCUUCUUACAACCUUUUCUUGAUGUUAUAAAAUCCCAAAACACAAAUGAUGUUGUUACUUCAAGAGCCUUGUUGUCUAUUAACAAAUUUAUUAACUGGAAUUUGAUCCCUUCAGAUGAGUGAGUUAUUUUACUUUGUUUUUGUUUACGUGUUUAGGUUAUGGGCUCCAAGUGCUGCAGAAGCCGUCGCUUUGGCCGUUACUGAAACAAAGUUUGCUGACAGUGAGUACAACAAAGGAGAUGGCGUUGUAUUCCGGAUGAUCGAUGUAGGUUUUAAAAUUUUUAGGUAACAUUUUUUGAGUUUUUGAAGACUAACAAAAUUGAAACAGAUUUUUUAAGUUGACGUUGCUUGCUGAGAUUACUUUUUUUAGCUUUUUAUUUUUUUGUAUUAUUUUAGGUACUACAUUCUCUUUUGAACGCUCCUUGUGGACGUUUCCUCACCAACGAACGUGUGUGUAAUAUGUUACACUGUCUUUUCCGAGUUUCUUUUGAUGUGAGUUUGAGUCAACUUCUUCGGAUGGCGGCAGAAACAGCAUUGGUGGAUAUGACAAAGACUAUCUUUCAAAGAAUUCCAACUUUUACCUACGAUUCGAACCAUCCGUAUAUGAAGAGACUAGUUGUGGAUAAGAAGAAGGAGACAACGCCAACGCCAGCUGAUGUUAAAGUUCAACCAGUAACAGAAGAAGAGGCGAUUUCUGAAGCCAAAGAACCACAAAAGUCUGCUGAGGUACCUAAAGAAGAAAGUGAAGAGGGCAAGGAAGUACACGAACACACAGAAAGUGGUAAUACGAAUACGGAUGUGUCUCGUCCUACACCUGCUUCUUCUCCAGGUAAGUUUUUUAGUGACUAUGUUCAUUUUACAAUAUUAUUUUAAUUUUUUGAAAAAACAUAUACUUUUAUAAUAUAACAUUUAAAGCAAGGUUUAAUUUUUAGGUAACCAUGUUGUUAUUGACCUUGGUUUUGUUGAUUGCUCGGCCGAAAUUGAGAAAGAAAAGAAGUCAGAGAAGACGGACCCUACAGAAGAGGCUACAGAAAACACAGAACUGUCAGAAGCAACUAAUGAAGCGAAGGAAGAACAAAAAGAAGACGAGAAAGAAGAACUUUUGUCAGCUAGUUCUUCUGAAAAUGACUUAUCAGCACAGUCUUUCAUUCCUUAUGGUCUACCUUGUGCCAGGGAGCUUUUAAGGUAAUUUUUAGUUAAAAUAGUCUGUUUAUUUACUGUAAAUUUACGUGUUGGUUCUAUUCAAUAACAAGGUUGAAGUUAACAAUUUUCUUGUUUUAGGUUUUCCGUUUCUUUAACGAAUCCUUUGGACGAAACAAAUCAAGAACAUAUGAUAAUUGUUGGCCUUAAUUUGGUUACUGUGGCUUUGGAGACUUCAGUUGAAUUUAUUGGCAACUUUAACUUGUUGAUGCCUAUCAUUAAGGACGAUUUGUGUAAAGCAUUGGUUCAGGUACGUUAUAACGAAUAAUUAAAAUAUUUUGAAUUUUAGUUGUUGAACUCGACCAAAGUGUACGUCUUUACAAUGGCGAACAGAAUCUGUUUCCUGUUGUUCGAAAGCUUACGACCUCACCUGAAGUUUCAGAUGGAAGCUUACUUCAAGGUUUUGAUGCAGAUAGUUGGGAAUGAGAACGUAAGUUGUUCUUCUCAAUAGUUUUAUGCUGUUUAGGUGAAAUACGACAGAAAAGAAAUGGCAUUGGAAAGUAUUGUUCAUCUCUUCAGAGUUUCUAAUUUGGCUGGAGAGUUAUAUCUAAAUUAUGAUUGUGGGUUGUACUGCAGGUGGGUUAUUAUAAGUUUAAAGAGUAUUAUUCCAAAGAUUUUUAAAGAUAUUUUAUUUUUGAAAUACUACUUUAAACAAAAUUUUGUUGUUUGUUAUUUUAAUAAUUGUUUUUAGUAACUUAUUCGAAGAUUUAACAAAAUUAUUAUCUGAAAACGCAUUCCCAACUAAUGGUAUUAUUCAAUCUACUCACAUGUUGAGUUUGGAGGCUUUGCUUACUGUCAUUAACAAGAUCUGUGCCAAUUCUGUUCCGAAUAUCGACUCGAAUUACUUUAGACAAGGAAUUAUUGGUAUGUCAUUUUAAAGUUAAAAAAUGUAUUAAUUUAAUGAACUAAUUUUUGAAACUUAAGCCUUAUAAUAUUUAAACUUUAGGCCGUCAUACAAACAAAUACCCAACGGACGCUUUCAAAGUUCCCUCAAUGUCAGAGUUAAUCGACCAAAAGAAGCAGAAGCGGUUGAUAAUCGAGGGAACAGAGUUGUUCAACAAGAAUCCCAAGAAAGGAAUCGAGUAUUUAUGUGAACAUGGAAUCCUCAAAAACCCCCCCAGAACCCAAAGAAAUCGCGAGAUUCUUGAGAGAGAAUCCUCAUCUGGACAAAAUGAAGAUUGCCGAUUGUAUUUGCAGGUAUAGUUCGUUGUCUUCAUUGGUUUUGAUGUUAAACUUUUUAAGUUUUUUUUAUUUUUUAUAUAUUUAUAUUUUUGGGUACUAAAGUAAACAGACUUUAAAUUUUUAGUCGAAAGAACUCGGAAGUUUUGGCAGCUUUUGUAGAAGCUUUUCCAUUCGAAAACACUCGUCUGGAUGUUGCUUUAAGGAUGUUGUUGGAGGCGUUCAGAUUACCUGGAGAAGCUGCUGAAAUCUCAAAGAUUAUGCAACAUUUUGCAGGUAAAAUUGAAUUUCAAACAUUUUUGAACUUAUUAAAAUUUAAGUUUCUACCUCAUUAUUGUUAUACAAAGACCUUUUGUAUCACAGCUUUAUCUAAAGUCUCAAUCAUACUAAAACUGUUUCAGAUUACUGGUUCAAGGCCAACAACGAACCCUUUGGCCACCCAGACGCCGCUUUCACCUUGGCAUAUGCCAUUAUCAUGUUGAACACCGACCAGCAUAAUCCUCAAGCUCAACGCAAUCAGAAGCCAAUGACCGUAGACGCCUUCAGACGCAAUGUUUCUGGAACCAACGCUGGAGGAAACUUUGAUCCAGAUAUGUUACAAGAGAUCUACAACGAAAUAAAAAACAACGAGAUUGUGAUGCCGGCCGAACAGACUGGAGCCGUGAAGGAAAACUACUUGUGGAAGGUGUUGAUGAAGAGGUCCGAGUCAUUGGAAGGAGCUUACAUCGCUGCACGAUCAGGAUGCAACGAUCGAGACUUGUUCAACACGGUUUGGGGACCUGCUACAGCUGCCCUGAGCUAUAUUUUUGAACGCUCCGAGGAAAAGUCGACGCUUUCGGUUAGUUUAUAGAUCUUUGAAAUUGAAAAUGUUACCAAAUUUUAUUUAAAGGUUUUUUUUAAUUUUAAUCAGAAAGUAAAGUUGAAUCUUUUAGAAAACGUUGGCUGGAUACAGUAACUGUGCUACUGUGGCAGCCUAUUACGGAAUGACAGAUGUGUUUGACAACCUGAUCAUCCAUUUAUGCAAAUUCAGCACUCUGAUGUCCACAAUGGAUUCACGUUCAUUGAGUGCCGAAGGGGAGUACGAAUACAGAAAGGCAAAUGCUGACUCCCAAGAUUAUACAGUAUACGCUUUCGGAGAGAACUACAAAGCUCAAUUGGCCACGAAACUGAUGUUCGACUUGAUUCACAAGCAUGGUGAUCAUCUGAGGGCUGGAUGGAAGAAUGUCAUCGACUGUUUACUACAAUUGUUCCGUAUGCAAAUUCUACCUCAAGGACUGAUCAUGGUUGAGGAUUUCGUGGACCCAAGAGGAGUGAUUUCUGUUCAGAGGCCUAUGAUCAAGUAGGUGCUUCUAUUAGUCAAACGACACCUAGAGUUUGUUUUCAUAAGCUAGUUUGGUUUUUGUUUUAGUACUUUUGCACAUUGACAUGUUUUUGUAGAAAGAGUGCUAGCAAACAAGAAACAUCGUUGAUGAAAUGGCUUGGUGGAUUCUACGCUUCUGACAGUGGAGCUGCUAAAACCCCAACUCCAGCCCAAGAAGAACUUAAAAAGGUCAGUAGUACAACAUUUAAAUAGAGCUUAAUCUUAGAAAUAACAAAACAGCAAUGAUUUUAGGCGGUCAUAAGCCUCGUCCAAGACUGUCAUCCAGAACAAUUGAUCAGCAGUGGCCGAACUCUAACAGCUUCAGCAUUAGAUGAACUGGUUGCCAGUCUAGUCCAUUGGUCUUUUGUCAUUUGUGGUGGAGCAUCACGAGAAGAUCAAUCUGCCCAACCUGCUUCAACUGAAUCCUUCACAGAUCUCGACCCCAAAUCCAUCGUUCUAAACCAACAAGAUGAAGAUAUUGUAGUGUUCUUGUUGGAACUCAUGAUCAGCGUCGUCCUGGAGAACAAGUACAGGCUGAAUCAGGUGUGGCCGAUAGCCGAAAGACACUUCAGAUGGAUUCUGUCUGGCUUCGGAAGAAAUCUUCUGGUUCUGGAGAGAACGGCCGUUGGGUUGAUGAGAGUGGCCAACAAGAAUUUGUUCCGACUCAAGGACGAUGAACCGAUAGCACAAGAGGUUCUUUGUGCCAUUUCAAUGUUGGUCGAUCUUCCCCCGCCCGCUUUGUUCUUCUUUUCAAGACAAAUCGCCUUCGGUCUUCAUCAACUUCUUCAUACUAACGCUGCCAAUCUACAUGAAUGCGAACAUUGGAAACUGUUGUUUACAUUACUACAGGCAUCUGGAGCUGCUUAUUACGUAGACGGCGAAAAGGUCAGGAUUUAAAUUUUUUUAAAAGUAUUUUUUAACUUUUUUCGUACUAAUUUUUAAUUUAGAAAGUGGACGAUGGAUGCCGUGAACUCCCCUUGAGUCAAAUCCUUCUCCAGAAACACAACCCAGUGUUAAUGUGGAGAGCCAAGAAUCUGAACUUGAAUCUCAGCCAGAAUCCAGCCGAAUUCUUCGAAAACACAACUCUCAGUCUGAUCCAAAACAUCUCACGGCACGAUACUGAAGCCUUCCUGAAAGUGGUCGAAACUCUGUCGUUCCUCAUUCAGGACGCCGUUCAUAUUACUCCAUUCAACUUUGACUCCUGUACGGAAUGUCUCAGAGCCAUGGUCGAAGCUUCUAUUGACGGUUCCCAAGCUGCCUUUGUACCUCAGUCUUCAGUGUUAUCAGUAGGAGGUUCAGGGGCUGCUAGUUCUCAUACCAGCAGGCCAUCAAGUCCGUCAAGUUUUGUACAUACUUCAGCAGCAGAGAUCGAGAAUAUCACCGUGGAACAACAACAAAUUCUACUGGAACAACAAGAACGAGAAACCAAGUACGAAUUGGCUUCGAGACAGCUGGCUGCCCUUUGUGCCACCAUGAUCUCGAAGGGAAACAAGAUUCAGGAGCAGUCGGCAGACGGAUCUGAGAACUCGUACGCAAUGUGUGUUCUACCCAUCUAUUCAGAAGCCUUCAGAAUGAGAAUCAUUCCAUUGUUACAAGCCUUGGCAAGACUAACUUGUGAUCAACGGAAGAGGGUUAGAGAUACGGCUUUUGCUGAGCUACAGGUAAGAAUGUCGUUUUAGAGCUUAUAUUUGAGUUUUUUUAAAAGAUGUUAAUGUAUCCGUACGAUUAUGUAUUUUUCAGGCGGUGUGCAGAUCCUUCUUCUACCACGAGAUGAGGCUGAUUGAUGUAGAACACUUCUUUGCCUACGUUGUCUUCCCAUUACUCCGAGGACUUCAAACAGUAAAUGGACCUUCAGCCGACGCUAUGUCAUUGGAAGAACUUAAAGUGAGGGCUAUGCAGUGGGCUAUUCGAAUGGUGCUCAACCAGUUGGAGUAAGUUUUUCAUAGCUACGAUAACUUUGCGGUGGAAACUAGUUUAAUACCUUUGAUGAUCAAACGUUCGCAAUAUUUUUCAAAACAUUUUUCUGAUAAUCUUGUUUCAGUAUAUUGUCCUCCCUGCCCUCCUUUCCUAUCCUUAUCAUCCGCUUGAUCAUGCACAUGGAGAACUACUUGAAAACGGCUCAAUCGGAGUUGCCAGGAGAAGCCAUCCCUCAAUCUCUGAAGAACAUGAUCCAAGUCCUAGACAACUCCAGAUUAUUCGAAGUUCAGCCGAUCCUGAAGGAGGAGAUCAAGAAGCGGAUGCAGUUGUUCGAUCCAGAUUUCGUACAAGAAGUGUUUGCUCCCAUUAAGAUACCAGUAAACCAAGUACCAGAACACCCGGCUAGUCCGGUUAACGUUCCUGGUAGCCCUGUCAAUGCCCCGGCAACAAGCCCAGUUCAUAUGACAACUAGUCCAGUCAAUCAUCCUGGUAGUCCAGUUAACGUACCUAAUAGUCCUGUUAAUGUACCAUACAGUAUGGCUCCAAGUGGACCAACCACUUCAGGAUCGGUCAGUCCUCCAAGUGUACCACCAAGUCAUCAACAUCCCAUAAUACCUACAUCAGUUGUCCACCCACAAACACGUUCUACCGUACCAACCUACCCCAAUAUGAAUCAACCUGGCCUACCGUAUCCUCCACAAUCGUCUCCGCCAAAUGUAAUGCCCCACAUGCCUCCCAACGUGGUACCAAUGCCACUUCCACCACAUCCCGUUUCUUCAGACUCCAGUCAUUCGACCAGUUUGUAA